CGGGCCUCCGCAACAUGAUUGAGGCAGCACCUGGCACGCACGAGGGCGUCGUCGAGGCUGGCGGUGUGGCGGUCCUCUCCUCUCUCACGCAGGAGGCAAGUGCCUCGGACGACUGCAAGCUCGCUGCUGCCAUUUCCCUUGUGUACCUGACCAGCACCUGUCCCGACCUCCCCGCUGACGACACUUGCCUCUCGCUGCUGCUCUCGCGGCUGGACCAACCCGAGGAAAAUUGCUGGCGCAGAGACAGCAUCAACGCCCUUCUGGCCCUCGCAACCUCCUCGUCUGCGUGCGCUGAGCAGUGGCACCGGGUCAGCGGCGUGGCGGCGCUACAGGCGCUCGCUCGAGAGACGGCGGAGGAGGGAGCGGAGAGGCAGGCGGAGAGGUGCGACGAGGCGCUAGUCAGCCUCGGGGUGAGGAGGGUGCGCAGGCGGACGGCCGCGUGAGCCGCGUGAGCUGUCUUUUGGCUAGUUCCAUUUCACUCUGAC